AUGGGCCAUAAGAGAAGUGGAACCUUCGCAUACUACGUUCAGGUUCAGGACGACACUCAGUCUGCCUUCAUGGAGACCCCUUCGAGAGACGCGCUGAUUAAACUCUCUACUAACUCAGGUUUAACGCGGGAUGCAUCUGCACCUCAGGAGCUGAGCCCUCAGCUAAAGCAAAAGCUUGAAAAGGACCCGGAGCUUAUUAGGCUGCAACACGAACGCGAUUCGCUUCGAGGCCAGUUGAUAUCUAUGUAUCACCAGUUACAUAAGGGUCGAGAAACGGACUUAUAUCGGAGUUUCAAGGAAGCACAGAACAGAGUCCGGGCGAAAAGGAAGAAGCUUCAUCAGUCCGCCAAAGAUGAGCAAUAUAGUCAGUUCUUCGAGAGUAUUGGAAAUCGGAUUAUUGAACAUAAUUACCAAGGCGAGCCGAUUAAGUUUGAAUAUGACACCUCACAUGUGGUACCGGAGAGAAGAGCCCUCGCAGAGCUUGAGUUUAAAAACAGAGAUGUGGACAAUAUCAACGAUGCAGAACUGGUCGAGGACCGUAUCCGCUCUCUUGAGUUGCGCAUAGCUCUGCACCAGCUUGAUGUUCCGAUAGCAUUGCAGAAGCGAAUCCGCUUCGACCAGCCUCCAGCGGCAAGGGUGUCUGAGAAUACUCCUCCGUCUCCAUUGAGUUACAGUGGGCUCGAGUGCCCAGUUUGCCUUGGUCGCUCUGGCAUUCACGCUAGAGCAAAAGCAUAUCAAUACGCUCGAAAGGAUACACUACAAAGACACUUUACAACACAUAAGCUACCGGCAAAAUUUCCGAAAGGUCGCACGUGCGACUACCCUGGUUGUGAUGUAGUUUUAUACUGA